GAGGAAUCAAGAAACACAACAUCAUCAAAAGCAUGACGUAUUUGUAUUGCACCAAUACAGAAAUACAUAGAUAUAUGUUCAAUCUGAAAGUAUAAAUUCAAGGCUAUAAGCAUCAAUAAUUCAUUUGAGAGUUUCACUGCGAGGCUUAUUGGUAGAGGAACAGGAAAUUGUUCUAAUAGACACCCUCAUUCUUUACCACGUGUUCAAAGUAUCAAGAUUGAAAUGGAUUUCACCUAUAUAAAAUAGAAUGAGUUGUUCAUGGAAUACUGCAAAUGUAACAGUUGCUCAAACGCACGUUUGCUAUCAUUGAUAUACAUGUUUCCCGCCAAUUUAUCGAUACAUUCACAAGCGCUCUCAAUACAUUUACGAGCUCUCACAAAUACAAAGUGUUUUCACGCUACCAACAAAAGACUCAGAUAUCACAAUGACCCUGGCCGGGGUGACAGUCUUUCCCUGGGCGGAACACGUGGUUGCUGCUAGGAAUUCUGGGACGGGUGUCGGGCAGACGAUUUUGUCCAGUGCAGGGAUUGACAUGGAGCAGGUGCUUUAUCUCUCCCCGGAGACGGAAGAGCUGAAACACAUUCUGGACACACAUCGAACGGGAUACAUACUGCGUGUUCAGACGAUUGAGGACUUGAAUGACUUGGCCGUGUUAAUAUAUGGGAAACCUCUGCUGAUGAGAAUCAACCUUGUCCACACUGAAGUCUCCAGCAAGUACAGUGCCGACAAAAUCUCAAUCUGGGAAGGUGAUUUCGCUUGUGUGUUAAACACAGGUCAUCGACAAGUGCGAUCUCAACUCGAAUGGGCACUAAAACAAGCUGAGAGUCACCUAAAUAAAGGAAAUAGAUUUUGUAUAGAGAUAGAGCUAGGGGACGUCGUAGAGGGCUGGUAUCUGCAGAGCCUCGAUUUGUUUUCCGGAUGUGACGACUUCCACUCAACAAAGACGAGGAACUCCAGACUGAUCCUGACCAAUCAUACGCCUUAUAACCACUGCUUUGACUGUCGACCAAAAUGGUGGCUCUGCUUCGGUCCCUGCUGGCUCGUAACAGCCCCCGCGUAUUACGUAUACAGACGACUGACCUGUACUGAUUUAAAACUGAAAAUAAAGGCGCCGGUGACGUCACUACCAGGGGCAAGACGGAAAAGCAUGACUUCUGACUCAUCGCAAAGCUGUAUGGUAGUCAAUUACAAAAAAGAGGGGACUGUCUCCAGCAAGCUUGUACAGAACUUUUCUCAGAUGUCCGAACUCAGUAUGUAUGGUUCUGUGGCGGAACAGAGCUGAGAACUCUGCUCCAAUAUAACGGAUGUUUUCAUGGAAAUCAAAGCACUGGAAUAUUUGGUAUGGAACGUCGGCAAACCAACUGUGAUUUUUGAAUACUAAUGCGAUGAAAAUGACAUCAUUUGCCUUGAUAAGGGCUUUCGGCAAUUAUUAGUUAUCUUCAAUGCUGAUGGCUUGUAGCAAUUGAAGUAGAAUUUGGCCUAUGGGGGAGAAGUAAAUCAGGGAUCCCCUAAUCCCCACGACACAACAGCAAUUAAUCGAUGUAAAUGGCCAAAGGAAACGGGGAGAAUCGAUGCUGAUUUACAUUCAGGUGGAAGGUGAAGACUUUUUUCGGCUUUUUGCUGUUUUUGAUAAUUAUCAUAGUAACGUUUUUACGUCUGAAGUUUUUGGGGUAUGUUUUUACGAAUAGGCUAUUCAGCUGUAUAAUUAUAACAAUUUUAUUCUCUUGCAUAUAUUUCUUCACAGCCAUUGUGGUACAUUUUUUGUAUUUUCAAUGUAUAUUUGAUAAACUCAAGAACGUUAUGAUUACAUGUUCACCUCUCAGAAAAAGGUAUUGUUUUUGAAUUAAACUCAUUAUAUAAAUUGUA